ACGACGAAGACGACGGGCGCCGGUGGGGACAAAUACGGAACAGACUGAAGCGCAACGUGAGGGAGAGCAUAACAUGGGGGACCUCUCAACAGCCAUCGUCGUCAUCGCGACGUCGUUUCUGCUCGGCACUCUCGCCAUGCACUGGACGGCAGACCAUCUGGUGCUGUGGCAAUCGCCCGUCACGAGACCGUCGCUCCUGUCGGCGCACAUCUACUACUCACACACGCUUGUCAGCAUGCCAGAGUACUUUACCAUUGGCCAGUACGCCGUCGGCACGCUCGGCGGCGUCAUGCUUCUGGCCAAGGUGCUGGGUGGGCGAGAGAGCAACUGGCUCUUUGAUGGAGCCAGUCUUUUCCUCUACGGAGCUUCGGGCAUCGUCUAUCUCCAAAAGAUUGUGCCUAGCCUCCGUGCGCUCCCCGCAACGUCGCCGCAACCGGCGGCAGACCCGAUGGAUCCAAAGGACAACGUGCUGCUGCCCCUCCGAGACCUGGCCAGCUCCAACGCUGUCCUUGCCGUGGCUCUCGUGGGCGUCUUGAUCUUGCAGAGCGGGCAGUACUACAGCGAGAGGCUAGAGAGACGCGAGCGCGUCGAGGAGAACGAGGCAAGGUUGAGGCGAAAGAGGAGAAAGCUCGAGAGGGCUCAGUAAGAGAAAAAGGGAUCAAAAGGAACUUCACAAACAGGCUUGCUGCGUCUGUUUCUGCACAUGCUGCUAUCACUCUACCACUACUAUCAACCGCGUCUCUUCUUGUCGAAAUGUACUAAGCAUCUCUGGAACGAUUGAUGGACCACGCAAAC